AUGUCUCAAUCAACGAUCACAGACACAUCUAGUAUUGAAGAUGUGAAAGCUUGGAUAAAGUCACUAGAGUUUAGUGAAAACGUUGUCAAUGCAUUAUUCAAACAAGAGGUAGAUGGUGAAACACUCUUCGAGCUCACUCGUGAAAGACUGAUCUCACCUCCCUACAACUUUACAUAUGGAGUCGCUUCAAAAUUGAUUCACAACAUUGACCAAUUACAACCUACUCUACAAGAACCACAAUAUGAAUUGAACCUUUUAAAGAGAUUCAGAUCAGAUUUAAUCAAAGAAAUCACAAAAGGGCUUAUUGACAACUACUGUUUCAUCUCACCGACCAAAGAAUCGUCUGUUCAACUCUAUAAUAAUAAUCUAGAGAUCAUUCCACCCGACUUGAUUCAAAGAUUCUCAGAUCAAGUCGACUUUACCAAAUCAUUUAAAUUCGUAGCCAAAGGAAUGUCUUCGUCUGUCUACUCGGUUCUAGAGACACAUGAACAACAUGACUUGUUAACAAUUGUCAAGAUAUACAAUAAUGUUGUUUACAAGGACACCGAGUUACAAGCUUUGACAAAGCUAUCGCAUUUGCCUUGUAUCCCAACAAUCAAGGCAGACGGAUUGACAUGGAUCUUGAUUCAACCUUUUGGUCAAUUGAUUCGAGAAAAUAUUCAUCCAUGGUCACACUACCAAAAACUAUUAAAAACUAUAGUAGAUGCUCACACGAUUGGUAUUGUUCACAGAGAUAUUAGACCUUCAAAUAUUGUGGUUGCCGAUGGCCACCCAUACCUCAUUGAUUGGGCAUCAUCGGUUACAAUCAACUCUACAUCCCCAUAUGAAGGAACAUUUUACACUGCAUCGUCACAAGUUCUCAUCUCGCUUUCCAACGGUUCCCAUCAUCAAUCCACCUCAAUUGAUGAUCUCGUCUCUUUUGUCAAGACAUUUCUGGUGAUUCGCUUGUGUCUUGUCGAUGAUGAGAUUCAUAGCGUGCAAAGAGACGACCCAUUGUCAUUGGACGAGUGUUGGAGAGAUCUAGAGACCACCAUCUUGGAUCCUCUCUCUUUUGAUGUAGAUUAUCUAAUUGAUAGACACCAAAAUGAAGAGAGAAUAGAAGAAGAUGAUGGUGGUGUGAGUAAUGAAGAUAGAGGUGAUAGAUUAUAG